UAGCCCGAUGCUCUUGGAGUUAUGAAAUGCAUUAUAUCUAAACAAUACGGAUGUAUUCUGUAUCGACCCCCCGUUGGAAUAUAUUUGAAUUUUGAGAAAAAGGACCACCGCUAGCAUCCGGCUCCAUCCGGACCCAAAACAAACUUCCACUGAGAUAUAAACCCUGUUGACGUAUUUAGGAACAGCUCCGGUAUAAUAUUCCGGGAGUAUUUGUCGGGUAUGUGCGGUGUGUGUCGUGGAAAGUGAUUUUGAUAUUGGAUGGUACCGCUGUUCUUGGCUCCCGCAGCGCCGCCAUUUUCUGUGCUCUUGUGAUUGUGUUCCCGGCCGCCGCCGCCGCUGUGUUGUGUAUGUUAUUGAUAUUCCCGGGAUAUAAUUGAAAACAGCGGCACUUGGAAGCAGGAUGCCUAACGCAUUGCACUCCGGAAUGGGACUCGGCGGUGUCGCUCGGUCUGGCGUCGGGGUUGCCUGUGGAGGCUGGCACUGCCAUGCUGGCUGUGGGAGUGGGCGUGGGCUCGGAGCACAGCUCUGGGAAGCGCAUCAGGAAGCCCUCUCUGCUGUUCGAGGGGUUUGAGAGCCCCGCCCUGCCCCACUCGAACCCUCACCCUGCCCCCCCGCCCCCCCAGCCAGAGGUGAGGAGCCCCAGCCGACCCGGCCGCCUCACCAACCAGCUGCAGUUCCUGCAGAGAGCCAUGAUCAAGGCGUUGUGGAGACACCACUUCGCAUGGCCCUUCCACGAACCCGUGGACGCGUCCCGGCUCAGCCUGCCUGACUAUCACAAGAUCAUCAAGCACCCUAUGGACAUGGGGACGAUAAAGAAACGGCUUGAGAACAACUACUAUCGCAGCGCCAGUGAGUGCAUGCAGGACUUCAACACCAUGUUCACCAACUGCUACAUCUACAACAAGCCCACGGACGACAUUGUCCUGAUGGCUCAGUCCCUGGAGAAAGUCUUCCUCCAGAAAGUGGCUCAAAUGCCCCAGGAGGAGAUUGAGCUGCCCACCCCAGCACCGCGGGGCAAGCCGGGCAAACCGGGCAAGGGGCGCAGACCAGCAGCUCUCUCUGGGGGCAUGACGACGGCUCACCAGGUGCCUGCAGUCUCCUCGGUCUCUCAGACUAACCUGUACUCCCCCCCGACCCCUGAGAUCCCAGCCACCAUCCUGGACACCUCUCCCCUCAGCAAGAGCUUGUCUCCUCCGCAGCAGAUACUCAGCAUGCCCACCGCGCCAACACAGCCCAUCACCAAGAAGAAGGGAGUGAAGCGGAAGGCUGAUACCACCACCCCCUCCACCAUCGCCAUGCCAACGCCCCACAGCGCUGACUCCUCCCCCCUGGCCUCGCCCCUCCCGCUGGCCCUGCCCCCCGAGGGGAAGGCGGCGAAGGUCCCGGCGCGGAGGAGGGAGAGCGGCCGGCCGAUCAAGAGACCCCGCAAGGACCUGCCGGACUCGCAGCUGCAGCACCAGCCCUCCAAGCGGGGCAAGCUGUCGGAGCAGCUGCGCUACUGCAGCGGCAUCCUGAAGGAGCUGCUCUCCAAGAAGCACGCCGCCUACGCCUGGCCCUUCUACAAGCCCGUCGACGCCUCUGCACUGGGGCUGCACGACUAUCACGACCUCAUCAAGCACCCCAUGGACCUCAGCACCAGCAAGAGGAAGAUGGAUGCUCGGGAGUACCGUGAUGCUCAGGAGUUUGCGGCGGACGUGCGGUUAAUGUUCUCAAACUGCUACAAGUACAACCCUCCGGACCACGAUGUAGUUGCCAUGGCCAGGAAACUGCAGGAUGUGUUUGAGUUCAAGUUUGCGAAGAUGCCGGAUGAGCCCCUGCAGACCACGCCCCCGGCCCUGGCGCCCCUCCCCCUGGGCGGGGCCUCGUCAGACAGUGAGGAGAGCAGUGCCAGCUCCAGCGAGAGCAGCGACAGCUCAGACAGCGAGGAGGAGCGUGCCAACCGGCUGGCUGAGCUGCAAGAGCAGGUGAGAUAUCUGAGGGCGGUGCAUGAGCAGCUGGCAGCCCUGUCGCAGGCCCCCAUCUCCAAACCCAAGAAGAAACGUGAGAAGGAGAAGAGGAAGAAGAAGAAGCCUGAGAAGCACAAAGCCAAGCCGCCCCCGGAGGAGGAGAGGAGCGAGAAGCCGGCCAAGCCUGCCAAGGUGCCCAAGACCCCCAGGAGCAGCAGCACAGGGGGCAAGAAGAGUGGAGGGGGCAAGAAGAACAGCAAGACCACCAAAUCCUCCAGGAAGUCCUCCUCGACUUCGCGGCCGGUCCCUCCCCCUCCGCCCCCCCCUCCUGCGAUCCCACACUACGACUCGGAGGAGGAGGAGGAUACCAAGCCCAUGAGCUACGAUGAGAAGCGACAGCUCAGCCUGGACAUCAACAAGCUGCCGGGGGAGAAGCUGGGCAGGGUGGUGCACAUCAUCCAGUCCCGGGAGCCGUCGCUCAGGGACUCCAACCCAGAGGAGAUCGAGAUCGACUUCGAGACACUCAAACCCUCCACCCUGAGGGAGCUGGAGAGAUACGUCAUGACCUGCCUCAGGAAGAAGCCACGCAAGCCAUACGUGGUGAAGAAGCCGAGCAGUGGGAAGAGCAGAGAGGAGCUGGCUCUGGAGAAGAAGAGAGAGUUAGAGAAGAGGCUGCAGGACGUCAGCGGGCAGCUCAACUCGGCCAAGAAACCACAGAAAACCAAAGCAGAGAAGCCCAGCAGUGCAGAGCAGCACCCGGCCGCCUCCCGCCUCAGUGCCAGCAGCUCCAGCUCAGAUUCCUCCUCCUCCAGCUCCAGCUCCAGCUCUUCAGACACCAGUGACUCUGACUCGGGCUGAAGCAGCCCCACCGAGCCCGAUAGACAGCACCCCUCCCCUCCCCUCCCGGGAACACCGGACUGGACCUCCCAGCAGAGCCUGGCAGGAGGGGAGACACAGAGAGAGAGACAGGCACAAAUCAGAGAGCUGCCAGCCAGCAUCUCGGACAGAAGGGGAGGUCUCGCGUGAGCGGAAAAAAAGAAAGGAGAGAUUGAUGCAGCUCAUUUUAGUUUGAUUUGAGGCUGGAGUUGAGAGAGACGGGGAGAGGGAUAGGCAGAAACUUAACUACCCUGCCUCUGAAUUCUGACUCUCACUUUCUGUAAUGAAGAGUGACGCCCUCCCCAGUUUAUUUUUCCAGUGAGGAGGAAGUUGAAGCAGAUGGAUGGAUUUCCUCUCCUCUCUGAGUGGUGCAGCUGCCCGUGUUACUGCACAGAGGCAGGGACUCUGACUUGAGGAGAGGUUGAAUCCUAGUCCUGCCUCUGCUCUGCCUUGACAGAGCUGGGAAGAAUGCCUCUCUCUCUCUGUGUGCCACAGUGUGCUAGCUGGGAGAAUUGGCUCACUGCUGACACCAAUGUUGUUUUGAGACUCCAUGAGCAAUUGAGAGACUAGUUGCUCCUUGCACGAUUUUUUCUGUUAUAAAGAAAAAUAUUCUAAAGGAGGAAGAUGAGAAGGAGGAGGUGUAGAGGGACAGGAUGCUUUUGCUGUAUGUGUUUUGUUUUUUUUCAGGUGGUGUGUAGUUUCUAAUGGAUUUCAAAUCCUUCUGCAUGAAUUCAAUCAGGACCUGUUUAAAUUGCACUGCUUUCCCGUACACAGAAAUACACUCCACUGUGUCGCCCUCUGGGACUUCAGAUACCCUGCAAGUUGUUCUGUGUGUGUGUGUGUGUGUGUGUGUGUGUGUGUGUUUAGAAAUACACAUCAACAGAUAUGGCUUUCAGUUUUCCUUCCAAACUAUGUUGGUUGUCCUAGAGUUAUCUUGCCGUAGACUACAGAGUUUGAAUUCAGUUCAGAUCUGUAUCCAUAAAGAUGACUUACAACCCCAGAUUCAGAACUCUGAUAUCAAUUCUGUGUGUGUAUAUAUGUGUGUGUAAUACACACACACAGAAUUGAUAUCAGAGUUCUGAAUCUGGGGUUAUAAGUCAUCUUAAUAUAUAAAUAAAAAAGUAUGUGUGUGUUACUGAAAUCUCUGAAAAAAUGAAAGAAAAGCAGUGCUGUUUUAAAAAAACCAAACUGAAGUCCUGGCUGAUCCAGAGCACAGUUGGAUUGAACUCGGUGACUGGAGUUGAGGCUUGUAGUCAGACUGCUGCUGUGGGGUUGAGAGUGACACAGAGUGCUUUAUUGCUCAAUAGAAUCUCUUUCUCACACAAGGGGAGCUGUUUCCACUGUGGAAACCUGUGAUGUCAGAGGGCAAUGGUGUUUAGACUAUUGAUUGCUGAGUGACAUCACAUGGCAAUAGCUGUCUGACUCUUGACCGCUCAAGUGACUGUUUGAUCUUGUGAGUGUUCAGUAGCUGAGUGGCUCGCAUCACCAGUGCAAUCUGAUCAGUUACUUCUUCACACAUCAAUAGGGUUGUUUAAUCAUGAUGCUUCAGUCCUGGUGUUUGGGAACAUCACAGUGCCAAGCAUCUCCCACACUGAAACACUACACAGACCUCUCUCCAAUCAGAACUGGGGUGCCAUCACAAUGUGGGUUAACAUGCACUGAAUUAGGAACUGAGGAGUCAAGAGUGUAAUUCAGUGCCUUGCAGGAUACAUCACACCGUGGGCAUACAUCUUAUUCCAUAAGCACAGUUUGAUGCCAAACCCAGAUUGUCAUAUUGAUAUGCAUAGUUGUAAGAAAACUUGAACGAAGGCAGUCAGGAUCAAUUAAAGAAACACAAAUCCACGAUGCAACCCUUCUGGGGCUUGAUUAAAGUGUGUUGGUUUCUUGAGUGGCUUGUUUAGCCCCAGCCCUCAUCUUCAGCUGUCACACACCCCUUUGCUUCUUCUUUGAGGAGUUUUAUUUAUUUUAAAGAGAAGAAGAAAAUGUUUUAUAAUGUACAGAGUGCACAGUCACCUGUUGAUGCAGGGUGGUAGAAUAAAGAAAGUGUACAGUAAAGAUUUUAUUGAAGCGCUUGUAUAUAUUUCAACAGUUGCACAAUCAGAAGCAGCAUGUUCUUAAAGGGGGAUUGACAACUUUCCUUUGUCUUAUUUGAUUUUUUUUUUUUUUGUAAACCUGUGCGUGUUUCUUGAGUGGAUUUAUUUUCUAAGAAAAACAAAGAAAAAACCUAAAAGAAUCCAACCUGUGGAUUCCAUUCUAGAGUUGUACGUCACGGCCGUCGUUGUGUUCAUGAAGAAAAGAACUAAUGUGUAAAUAAUAAUAAAAGAGUUAUUUAAAUAGUG